ACUCCGCCAGUUUGUGAGCGCCGUUCGUCGUCCACCGUACGUGGUGCGUUAUAUCGUCCGUAUUGUGCGUACGUUUUUUUAUAUUUCACGCUCGCCCGUAAACAAAAAAAAAAAUUUUUUUUUUUUUUGGUUUAAUUCGUUUUUGAUCUGUGCGUUUAACGAACACUUUUGUCCGUACAUCAUUUCGCGACCAGAAAAUGUCGGAUUACCGUCGGCCGAGUCCGGCCGCGCCUUUGCCAUACAAUUGUUGCUAGACACACAACUGGAUAGUGACCGCUGUCAUCUCAUCGCAACACAGCUGACCAUUAACGAUUUUAGUGUUAAUUAUUUUCCUACUAAACAAAAUUUUCAAUCUACACGUUAACGAUUUGUCGAUAUAACUUACCACGAUUUGCUCCAACGUGGUGCCUGUACAUAAAUAGAAUACAGUGAUAACGAUUCAAUUAAAUUUGUUGCCCAAGUCUAAAAAUAACGGCUUUUGCGCUCACUAUUCAUAACUAGUGUUUAUCUUUGAAUGCUAAUAACGAAACUCUCAUGUUAUCAUCUCACGAUUAGGUUUUUUCUUUACACGCCGAAACAGCUGUGAACACAAUAUUGUACUAACAAGAGCCGCAACAGCAGCUCAUAAAAUUCAUUUACAAGCGUCUUUACACGUUCGCGAGAUACUCGAAUACCAGAAAAAUUCACAAAUGGCUGCUCAUCAGCCUGCGACCACACAAAGAUACGAUGAACAGCCUACGGGGUACCCUGGUAUGGAUGGAAGUAACGGCAUUGGCGGACUGCCUCCACCUGGUCUGUACGCGCACAGCCAAGCGUCAUUGCAUGGUAUGCAUCCCGGUAUGUUUGGUGGACACACGCCCGUGCCACAAGCCAACCAUGGUCCGGCCACGCCGACACCUGGCCUGCCACAAAACCAUCAAGCCCCAGCUUCGGCGAUCCCUCCUUCGUCCGUUGGUGAUGCCGCCAGCAAGCGGGAUAAAGACUCCAUUUAUGGGCACCCAUUAUUUCCAUUGUUAGCAUUGGUGUUUGAAAAGUGUGAACUCGCUACGUGUACACCUAGACAAACUGACGGUUCUAUGGGUCCCGGAGGCGACCAUAGCAUAUGCUCUUCAGAGUCGUUCAAUGAAGACAUUGCCGUAUUUUCGAAACAGAUAAGACAAGAGCGAGGACAGUACUGCGCUGAUCCCGAAACCGAUUCUUUGAUGGUUCAGGCAAUCCAAGUACUUCGAUUCCAUUUACUGGAACUGGAAAAGGUUCACGAGCUCUGCGAUAACUUUUGUGCGCGUUACAUUUCGUGUUUAAAAGGAAAAAUGCCUGUUGAUUUGGUCAUCGACGAGCGUGCUGACGGUGGUUCACUAGGCGGUAAAGAAUUAGGACUUGGAGGUCUUAAUGGCGACGGUGGUAAUAGAGAUCGGCAUAGUGCUCAUACGCCAUCAACAACGGGCGGCGACCAAGACGGGUCGCAAAGUAUUUCUCCAGACGCCAUGAGGCCGCCCAGUUCAUCAACAGCGUAUUCACAUCAUCCUGGACAAGACGACAGUCGACAUCGUACUCAAAGUCCUGGAACGCCAUUACAAGGCAACAUGGGAGAUCCACACGGAGAUGGCAAGUGGGGUCGACGUGUUGGAGGACCAGGAGCUGGUGACUGGUCCGGAAUGGGUGGUGGAUCCGCAGGUGAAGCUGCUAAAAGAGCACAAUUGGCCGCAGCGGCAGCAGCCGGAGGUCUAUUCUACCAGUCUGUAUUCCUAGGUGGUGGAGGAUCUGCAGGGAGUCCUGGUCCUGAUUACAAUUCCUGCGAUGCUAGCCAAACUGGUGACUCUAUUGGGAGUGGUGACGGCGAUGACAUGGAUGACGGCGAUGGUAGUGGGAAAAAGUCUGGGUCAUCUCAAAAAAAACGAGGCAUUUUCCCAAAAGUUGCCACCAAUAUUUUAAGAGCGUGGCUCUUCCAACAUUUAACCCACCCAUACCCAUCGGAAGACCAGAAAAAACAAUUGGCCCAAGACACCGGGCUAACGAUAUUACAGGUCAACAAUUGGUUUAUUAACGCCCGUCGACGUAUCGUUCAACCAAUGAUAGACCAAUCAAACCGAGCCGUGUUUUCUCCACAUGCCGGUGGACCAAGUCCUGCUGGAUACGGAGGUCCGGAUCCUUCGGCGUAUGCCGCUGAAAUGUUGCCAAGACCGGACGCGGCUUACGCUGCGGCCGACGCAUACUAUGGUCACCACCCGCACCCUCAAUACUAUGGGCACCUGUGAGACACCCUGGUAUGAAGAGACGCACAAAACCGAAUGUGCGCGACGAAGACGUCUGUGUAAAGUUUCUAUCGUGUAUAUUUGUUUACUAAAAUAUUGACGACUGUAUUUUGCAUAUUUUUUGGAAUAUCGCUUUUACUUGUACACCAUACAAAAAAAAUGAAUCUGUAUAAAAAAAUUAUAAUUUUUUUUUUUUUUUUUUUUAGUAGCGAGAGACUACUCUUGCCCUGUCGUUACGGUAGUAAUUUAACUAAACUAUAUUUACUACAACUUUCAAUCUACUCCCUCUUCCCAUAUUGUUAAGGUUGCCUAUUAUUAUUAUUAUUAUUAUUAUUAUUAUGAUUAUUAUUACUUUUUUUUUUGUUGUAUCCAUCCAAUUUAUAAACUUAUUUUUAUUUUUUGGCGAUCAUAGUAUUAUGAUGUUAAAUCGAUUUUGUUUUUAGUUACCACGAUGAACGUUCAAUUUCUAUUAUUAUAUAGUUGUACGACAUUAUUUAAUCUCGAUCGCAAUACCUAGUAAUAAUUUAAUACUAUACAUAAAAAAAAAAAAAAUUCAAACAAAUUGUUAAUUUUGCCCUGUGCCAGUACAUAGAUGUAAAUAAUUUUAUGUAAAAUUUUGUAUGUAAUAUUUAAUGCCAUGUAUGAUGACUGUGCGUAUACGACACAACUCUAUGUAUAAAUAUAUACAUAGAUAUAUAUGUAUGUACAUAGGUAUGCAGACUGUGUAUACGAUUUUUAAUUCUAUGUGUAUUGUGAUAUAUAAUUAUGUAAUAAAAUAAGUGUACUCGAUUUUA